ACCACACUUGGUGUGUGCACGCGAAACACCUAAGCAUUGCUCCACCGAACCGCGAAAGCCGAAACCCUUCCCAAAAGCAGAUGUUGAAAUCCAUCGAUUCCAAUAAAUUGAUCGAUUCAAAUUGCAGAAACUAAAAACCAAGCAGUUCUCUCUCUCUCUCGCUCUCGAUCUCCCUAAAAAUUUUCUUGAUUUUGUCUCUCUUACUAUAUUGUUUCCAUAAUUUCAGCAAUUUUCAAUUUGCCGAAACCUCAAAGUUUACCGAGUUUUCUAGGAUGAACUUUCCGAAUUGUUGAUUUCUUCCCCUCUAUUACACAAUCAUAGUUUAUCACAAACUUCACACAAGUUUAGGGUUUCUGAUUCCUUACGUUUUCAUGAUUUCAAUUUUUUAUUUCGAAUUCCACAUGCUAAUUUUUGCUCAAAGUCGAAUCCCUUAGAUGGGUGCCCGUUGUUUGUCUCUAGUUUGCACAGAAUUUCAGACAAGUUCAGAUCAAUGGGUGCUCGAACCAGUAAUCGGAAGCGCGGUGACGAUUAUUUUACCUGGAAUUACAAAUCGCCGUAUUUGAAGCCACCCAAUUUUGAUAGCCACGACAAUCACGUUUCGAAAAAGCCCAGGUUUUCAUCUUCUAAGUGUCGAAGCCCUGAUGAACCAUUCUCAUCAAAAAGCACAGCUUCAAGAAUUCAUCAGUAUCCGGAAUCGACUACAGGAUUUCGGAGAGAAGUUCAUGCCCCUGUUAGAGCACUCAAAUUUGGGUCCACUGCGAAUUCGAGGCCGAGUGCUGUUGGGGUUGGUCAGAGGGAGAUUGUAGCUGAUAGGGAUAGGAAUGUGAGAGAAUCUGAGUAUGAGAAGACGAGGAAAAGCACAUUGGAUAGUUUGAGGUAUUUCAAGAUAGAUAAGGAGGUGAUUGAGGUUGAUAGUGGGACUGUUGAUGAUGGCGAUGAUAUUAAGGAGGCGAUUGGGGUUGAUAGUGGGACUGUUGAUGAUGGUGAUGACGAUAAGUUGGUGAUGGAGGUUGAUAAUGAGACUAUUGAAGAAGACGAUGAUGAGGUUUCGGAAAUUGAGAAUUUGGAAGAUGGGAGGGAAGGAAGCUCUUUGUUUUCAGAGAAAAGUUCGAAAGAGACCAGUGGGGUGGUGGGGAUAUCACCAAAAUUGGAGGGGGAUUGUGCCAGGAAAAUGUUGGACUCCUUGUCAUUGAACAAGGGUUUGGCCGAUGUGCCUUUGUAUAAAAAGUUACUUUAUUCCAUGAGGAGAAUGGAUCCCAAAUUUAAUAGUUUGCAGGUUGAGAUUGAGUUGAAGUGGAAAAGGUUUCAAACACUUCAGUUGUUUUGGCAUCCAAAGAAACCAGAGGAGGAUAUAGUUACGGAGCCUUUUGUGCCACUUACUAAGGAAGAAGAGGCUGAUGUUGAUCGUGCCCUUUCUAACUCGAAUAGGAGAAAGGUUUUGGUCAAUCAUGAGAACUCUAAUAUUGAGAUUACAGGAGAAGUAUUGCAGUGUUUAAGACCGGGCGCGUGGUUAAAUGACGAGGUUAUUAAUCUGUAUCUUGAGUUGUUGAAAGAGAGGGAAAAGAGGGAGCCCAAAAGAUUUUUGAAAUGUCACUUCUUCAACACAUUCUUUUACAAGAAGUUAAUUGGGGGGAGGGCUGGUUAUGAUUUCAAAGCAGUUAGAAGAUGGACUACACAACGGAAACUGGGUUACUACCUUCUUGAGUGUGACAAGAUUUUUGUUCCUAUCCACAAAGAAAUACAUUGGUGCUUAGCAGUUAUUAAUAAGAAGGAUGAGAAGUUUCAGUAUCUUGAUUCACUGGGAGGUCUUGAUACCCAUGUGAUGACCGUUCUGGCUAAAUAUUUUGUUGAUGAGGUGAAGGACAAGGGUGGGAAUGACAUUGAUGUUAGUUCUUGGAAGCAAGAGUUUGUUAAAGACCUUCCUGAACAGAAAAAUGGGUUUGACUGUGGCAUGUUCAUGAUCAAAUAUGCUGACUUUUAUAGCAGAAGUGUACGACUCUGUUUUAACCAGGAGAAUAUGCCAUACUUUCGCCGGAGGACUGCAAAGGAGAUUUUGAGAUUGAAAGCGGAGUGAUUAAUUACAAACCUCCAGAUUUGGUGGUUCAAGUUUGGCUUAUUACACACGAUUGGCUGGAACUUGAUUCAGCUUGCCAUCCCUGCAUGCUACAGGUAGAACGACCUCAGCAUUUUAUUGGAAUUUGGAAGUUAAAAUAGAUAUGUAGCAAAAUACCCAGAACGGGGUUCUGAUCUCUAAGUGGAUGUGCUAUAGCUACUUGAUCUCGAUCAAAUGGCACUGGAUUUGUCUCUACAUAUGGAGUAUUCGUAAACAGGAUAUGGAGCUCAAUAUCGAUCUGAAACUUGAAGGGGUGCUCUAUAACUUCAACUGAUACUGCUUAGAUAGAUCUCGCCCAUCAUUCGGGCAUCUUGGUAAGGAUGAUAUUCAGGGCACCCAUUUCUUGUAUACGAUACAAAGAGAUUUACAACGAGUAAUGCAACAUAAAAACCAUGAACAGAAACAAUGGUGUCAUCAGCAAAUAGCCAGAGUUCCACAAGCCCUGUAUAACUUGGGCAAGAACAAAUCACAUUCAUAUGAAAAAGUACAUUUGAAUACACACAUAACCAAUCAUACCGGUAAUUGUCACCACACUUGCGAAGCCAUUAGUACAGGCAUGGGCCACAUUAUCUUUACGAGCAGGCAUUGCAGUGCCUUAAUUCAUUCUGACCU